AUGCCUGCCCACAUCCCGAUCGUCAAGAAGCACCGCAAGCGUUUCAAUCGCCAUCAGAGCGAUAGGUUCAAAUGCGUUGAUCCGUCAUGGCGAAAGCCGAAGGGUAUCGACAACCGCGUCAGGCGUAGGUUCAAGGGACAGGCUGCUAUGCCCAAGAUCGGAUACGGCAGCAACAAGAAGACCCGCCACAUGAUGCCUAGCGGCCACAAGGCCUUCCUCGUCAACAACGUCAGCGACGUCGACCUCCUCCUUAUGCACAACCACACCUUCGCCGCAGAGAUCUCUCACGCCGUCUCGGCAAGGAAGCGGAUCGACAUCCUGACCCGCGCGAAGCAAUUGGGCGUCAAGGUUACGAACGGCAAGGCUAAGGUCAAGACGGAGUCGUAG